AUGCAGUCGUUCGGCAACUUUUACCACGACGAAGACCACAUGGCCAUGUAUGAUAUGCUUCAGCGCGGUGGUGGGAUGCGCGGUGCUCCUAAGCGCUUCGAUGAAUACUACCGCUGUUAUCCAACGGUCAUGCUCCCUGGCCCCGAGAGAGAGGAGUUGAACUAUGGCGGAAAGAUCAUCAUGCCAGCUUCGGCGCUCGACAAGCUCACCAGACUGCACAUCACCUACCCAAUGCUCUUUGAGCUCACCAAUGGCCUCAAGGGAGACAGAACAACACACUGUGGUGUGUUGGAGUUCAUCGCAGAGGAAGGCAAGGUGUAUUUGCCACAUUGGAUGAUGCAAACUCUCCUCGUCGAGACUGGCGACCUCAUCCAAAUUCGCUCCACCGAUCUCGCCCCCGCCCGCUUCAUCAAAGUCCAAGCCCAGGACGUCAACUUCCUCGAAGUCUCCGACCCCAAAGCUGUGCUCGAGCGAGCUUUCCGCAACUUCGCAACCAUGACCAAAGGCGAUGUCUUCUCCUUCAAAUACAACGACGAAACCUAUGACAUGGCUGUUCUUGAAGUCAAGCCUGAGAGUGGGAAGGGCGCAGUCUGUGUAAUCGAGACAGAUGUGGAGGUCGAUUUUGCCGCUCCCCUAGGCUAUGUCGAACCACAACCCACUCGCGGUAGCGGAACAUCCACCCCGAAAUCUGUAGCUGGUCUGCCUGCAGGAGGAAUGAUGCACAGCCAAGGAACCAUGGCCCAGUCCAUUAACUACGACGCUAUUGCUCCAAGCUCCAACGCAGCUGUUCUAGGCGCCAAAGCCGUAUCCUCUAACUUCUUGCUCGGUGGCCAGAAGCUCAAUGCGAAGAAGUCCAGCAAGAACCCGACCCCGAAACCUUCGACUCCGGUUCAAGGUACUAGCACUAACCCUCCGGUUCCAGCAACAGCUGUUCGCAGAACGAAUGGUCCGCUGCCCCUGAGAUUAGCCCCCAACAAGCUUUUCUUCGGCUACGAGAUCAAGCCGCUGAAGACGCAAGAGGAUAAGGAUAAGGAGAAUUCUGCUGCUCUUCAACCCAGAUUCGAGGGGCAGGGCUACACUUUGAAGGGUGGUCUCAAGCGUAAGACUGAAGAAAAAGCACCAACUCAGAUCAAGGAGGAGAAGAAGGAGCCGUCGGUGGGCAGAAGAUUAGACGGCCGCAAUGUCUAG